AUGUCCCAGCUGGAGCUGGAGGAACUGGCUGAAAUAGAGUUGCAAAGAGAAGAGGAGGAGGCAGCCCUGCUGGGCACAGCCUACGGACCCUCGGAGACCCCCGCGGUGGCGGAGGAACAGCUGGCGCUGAGCACUGACCACCCAUUCUACGAUGUGGCUAGACACGGCUUCCUGCAGGUGGCAGGGCAGGACCGCUGCGGGCAGCGCGUGGUCACCUUCAGCUGCUGCCGCCUGCCCCCGUCCCACCAACUCGACCACAGGCGCCUGCUGAAGUACCUGGAGCACGAGCUGGCCCUGCACGGCGGGCGGGAGUACGCGCUGGUCUACUUCCACCACGGGCUGCACCGCGGGAACCGGCCCUCGCUGCGGUGGCUGCAGAGCGCCUAUGGCCAGCUCCAGCACCGGUACAGGAAGAACCUGAAGGCCCUGUACGUGGUGCAUCCCAGCAACUCCCUUCGCGUCCUGUGGGCCCUGCUCAAGCCCCUCGUCAGCCACAAGUUCGGGAAGAAGAUCACGUACGUCCACUCCCUGCGUGAGCUGCAGGAGCAGUUCCCCGGCCUGCAGCUGACGGUGCCCCCCGAAGUCCGCCGCUACGAUGAGGCGCUCCAGAACCUGCACCAGGGCCGGCCGCCUCCUCCCGCCAAGACGCCUCCACCUCGGCCCCCGCUGCCCACCCAGCAGUUUGGCGUCAGCCUGCAGUAUCUCAGAGACAAAAAUCAGGGCGAACUCAUUCCUCCUGUGCUGCGGUUCACGGUGACGUACCUGAGAGAGAAAGGGCUGCACACCAAGGGCCUAUUCCGGAAACCGGCCAGCAUCCAGAGUGUCCGCGAGGUCCAGCGGCUCUACAACCAGGGGAAGCGGGUGGACUUGGACGCCUACGGGGACGUGCACGUGGCCGCCGCGACCCUCAAGGCCUUCCUCCGAGAGCUGCCGCAGCCGCUGCUCACCGACGAGGUGCUGGAGCAGAUUCUCGGCAUCACCGGGGUGGCGAGCAGCCUGCGCGUGACCCGCUGCCGCCAGAUCGCGCAGAGCCUCCCGGAGCACAACCACGCCGUCCUCAGCUACCUCGUGGGCUUCCUGCAUGAGGUGUCCCGGGAGAGCCUGACCAAUGGCAUGAGCAGCUCCAGCCUGGCCCGUGUCUUCGCGCUGAACCUCCUGUGGCGGGGGUCAGCUGAGCUGGACGCGCUGGUGCCGCUGCUCCUGUUCACAGAGCUGCUGAUCGAGCACCCCGGGAAGGUCUUCCGCGCGCCCGGGGCGGGUGGGGAGGACGCAGGGGGCCCCACCCGCCUGCCUGCACCCACAGUGCCCCCGCGGCCCCUGCGCCCGGCACUUGCACAGGGCCUGAUCGCCGCGACCCUGCGUGGAAACUGCACGUGGCCCGUUUCAGCUUUAGGACGAUGCCCUGUGUGGCGUGGGAGCGAGGACUCCCAGGCCUCCAUGGACGGGGACGUGAGGGCUUUCAUAGACCAGGCAGGCUCAGGAGACGGCAAGAAGAGACUUUGGGGCUCCCCGCCAAUGGCUGAGGUUUGCAGGCAGCUUGAGCGUGACCACGCCGAAGAGGAGGUCUUGCUGGUGGUGUCUAACCAGAUCUGA